CGGCUGCGUCAAGCCCGCAUCACGACGACAGACAGACAGACAGUAACUGCCUCCAACCAACCCGCUCUGCGCUCUCAUCACACACAGACAUGCGCGCGCGCGCGCGCACUGACGCACACACACACACAUAAAGAGGUGGCGGCGGCGCUCAGAGCUCCAGAGCGGGCUGGAACGGAUCCCUCAUAUUCCCUUCAUACUUCCAUCUAUUUUUAUGUACAGUAACUCCGCCAUCAUGCUGUGGACAGCGACUCAAGUCUUAAGGAAAUUCUCCACCUCCUCCCAUUACUACCAGAAUAAGCUAAAACUGGCCAUUAUUGGUCAGAGUCUGUUUGGCCAAGAGGUUUACAGUAACCUGAGGAAGCAGGGUCACAAGGUUGUGGGUGUGUUCACAGUUCCUGACAAAGAUGGCAAGGCCGACCCCCUGGCUGUGGCAGCGGAGAAGGACGGGACGCCCGUGUUUAAAUUUCCGAGGUGGCGCGUCAAAGGGAAGCCCAUCCCAGACGUGGUGGACGCGUACAAAUCGGUGGGCGCAGAGCUCAACGUCAUGCCCUUCUGCUCCCAGUUCAUCCCCAUGAACGUAAUCGACCAUCCCCAGUACGGCUCCAUCAUCUACCACCCGUCCAUCUUACCGCUGCACAGAGGAGCUUCUGCCAUCAACUGGACUCUUAUUCACGGUGACAAAAAAGCUGGCUUCAGCGUGUUCUGGGCCGACGACGGCCUGGACACGGGCCCCAUCCUGCUGCAGAGGGAAUGCAGUGUGGAGCCCAAUGACACGGUGGACACGCUGUACAACCGCUUCCUCUUCCCAGAGGGCAUCAAAGCCAUGGUGGAGGCGGUGCAGCUCAUCGCUGAUGGAAAAGCCCCUCGAAUCCCCCAGACAGAGGAAGGAGCAAGUUAUGAAGGCAUCCAGAAGAAAUCCAACUCCAGGGUGGACUGGGCCCAGCCAGCUGAGGCCAUCCACAACUGGAUCCGUGGCCAUGACAAAGUCCCCGGAGCUUGGACCGUCAUCGAUGGUCAGCCUGUGACCCUUUAUGGCUCGUCCAUGUUGGGGGGGUCGGUGCCUGCCGGUCAGGCCCUGGAAAUCGAGGGGGCUUCCCAACCCGGCCUCGUCACCAAGUCCGGGCUGGUUCUGUACGGAACCGAUGGGAACGCCCUCCUGGUGAAGAAUCUGCAGUUUGAAGAUGGAAAGAUGAUUCCUGCUUCCAAGUACUUCUCCUCAGGAGAAAGCUCCAGCGUGGAGCUGACCGACGACGAGAAGAAGAUGGCCGAGGAAAUCAGGAACAUCUGGAAGGGAAUCCUCAGCAAUGUGAGCGCCAUCGAGGAAACAACAGAUUUCUUCAAGUCCGGAGCUGCUUCCAUGGACGUUGUUAGGUUAGUGGAGGAGGUCAAGCAGAAGUGUGCAGGUGUUCAGCUGCAAAACGAGGACGUGUACAUGGCCACCACCUUCCACGACUUCAUCCAGAUGUUCGUCCGCAAGCUCCGAGGGGAGGACCAGGAGGAGGAGCUGGUCGUCGACUAUGCAACCAGAGAAGUGAACAGCAUGACGGUGAACAUGCCGUACCAGUGCUUCAUCGACGGAAAGUUUGAGGAUGCAGAAAAUGGCAAGAGCUACGACACCAUUAAUCCAACCGAUGGAUCUGUGAUCUGUAAGGUGUCGUAUGCGUCAGUGGCAGACGUGGACCGGGCCGUGGCUGCUGCUAAGGAAGCUUUUGAUUCUGGGCCAUGGGGCAGGAUGAACCCCAGAGACAGAGGAAGUCUGCUCUAUAAGCUUGCCGACCUGAUGGAGGAACACCAGGAGGAGCUGGCCACUAUUGAGUCCAUUGACUCAGGAGCGGUUUACACGCUCGCCCUGAAGACACACGUGGGCAUGUCCAUCCAGACCUUCCGCUACUUUGCAGGCUGGUGUGACAAAAUCCAGGGCAAGACGAUCCCCAUCAACCAGGCCAGACCCAACCGGAACCUGACCUUCACCAAGAAAGAACCUCUGGGAGUUUGUGCCAUUGUUAUUCCAUGGAACUACCCUCUGAUGAUGCUGGCCUGGAAGAGCGCGGCCUGUCUGGCAGCUGGAAACACUCUGGUCCUUAAACCUGCUCAGGUAACUCCUCUGACCGCUCUGAAGUUUGCUGAGCUUUCUGUGAAAGCCGGAAUCCCAAAAGGAGUCAUCAAUAUUCUGCCAGGCUCAGGUGGCAUGGUGGGUCAGAGACUCUCUGACCACCCGGACAUCCGCAAGCUGGGCUUCACCGGCUCCACUCCAAUCGGCAAACAAAUCAUGAAGAGCUGUGCGCUCAGUAACCUGAAGAAGGUUUCUCUGGAGCUGGGGGGGAAAUCUCCCCUCAUCAUCUUCAGCGACUGCAACAUGGACAAGGCGGUUCGCAUGGGCAUGAGCUCAGUGUUUUUCAACAAAGGGGAGAACUGCAUUGCUGCUGGACGCCUGUUUGUGGAGGAGUCCAUCCAUGAUGAGUACAUCAGUCGAGUGGUAGAGGAGAUCAAGAAGAUGAAGAUUGGAGACCCUCUGGACCGCUCCACAGACCACGGCCCCCAAAACCACAAAGCUCACCUGGACAAACUGCUGGAGUACUGUGAGACAGGAGUGAAGGAGGGAGCCACCCUGGUGUAUGGAGGCAAACAAGUCGACAGGCCAGGUUUCUUCAUGGAACCCACUGUGUUCACUGAUGUAGAGGACCACAUGUUCAUUGCUAAAGAAGAGUCCUUUGGUCCUGUCAUGGUCGUGUCCAAAUUCAAAGAUGGUGAUGUGGAUGGUGUGCUUCAGAGAGCCAAUGACACAGAGUAUGGCCUGGCCUCGGGCGUGUUCACGCAGGACAUCAGCAAAGCCAUGUAUGUCAGCGAGCGACUGGAGGCUGGAACCGUGUUCGUAAACACCUACAACAAGACCGAUGUUGCCUCGCCUUUUGGAGGCUUCAAGCAGUCUGGCUUCGGCAAAGACCUUGGAGAGGACGCCCUCUUGGAAUACCUCAAAACCAAAGCAGUGACUGUUGAGUACUGAGCCUCCAGAUUUCACAAUGAGCUCCAACUCACUUUCUGAAAGAAAAGGAACUCAUGCAUAUUUUCACCUGGACUGUACCAGCAGCUACAGAGAACUCCAUCGUUCUUCUGAGCCACUUGAGCUUUCUUGGAACAAAGGGAAGGUUUUUUUUGUUAUUGUUGUGAACUUGCAUUCGAGGUCUUACAUUGAUGCCACGCCACCCGUGGGAAGCAAAGCUCUGCUUGACACUGUUUGCAAAAUCGAGCUUCUUCAGGGUUAAGCAAUGGAGAAAAAAGAAAAUACUGUGAGCUUAAAGACAUCACUCCUUACAAUGUUUGGCCUUUCUCAGCAUCAUGAACUUGUCAAGCUGCCUCCAGUUUUCCCAUUGUACCGUUUCUUUGUCCUAUUUCACGGUAUAAAGAGCCAAAAUGGAGACUAUUUCCCACCCGAUGGUGGCUAUUCCUUGUCACAGGAGACGAUAUCCAUUCCAAAGCUUGCUACUGAAAUGAGAAGGAGAGUACUCACUUGUGCUAGCAUUGGAAAGGCUACCGACUAGCAUGUCCAGGGUACUCACCCAUUGGAUUUCCUACUCCCUCUGCUGCCAUAGGCUGGCAUUAACAUUUGAAAAGCUAACGUCACCCUCUGGUUUAGAAACCUACCUUUCUUUCUUUUUACAGCAAAACUUUAUUAAUUAAAACAGUUGACAUACAAUAUCAGUAAACGAUAUGCAUUAGCCUCUCAGUUAUGCAAAGUUCACGGGAAAAUUUUUAUGCCGAUUUUUGGCCCAAUUUCCCCCUUCUGACAAUCUUAAGUACUACCUGAUUAAUAAGAGGUAUUUCUACCAUGUGUGAUGUGCUAAGAGUGAAUGUAGUCCAUUCAGAAGGAUAUUCCCAACUAACUAUUCAACAUGUUGGAUUGUGUUGGCCCGGUGUCACAAAGCUGUGUGUGGUGUUCCCUGAGAACAAACAACGGCCAACACUGUCUUAAAUAACUCUGAAGAACCAAAAUUAAAGAGUUACAACAACAUUUAAUUUUCCUUUGGGAUUCGUAACAUAUUUGUGAAUUUGAAACUAGAACUCAGCCUGUUGAAUGUGACAUGGAACCACUUAGAAUGCAAAGCUGCAGAAACAUGAGAUUCUAAAUAAAGUAGACAAAACCAGAAAGGCCAGUGGAUGUCAGAAAUGACUUGUUUGGUAUAGUUUUUUUUUCCUCUUUUAAACAUAAUCCGUCGCCAUUGAUUCCUCCCAGUCAGCCAUAUUUGUUUACUCUGAACUCAUGUUUGGUCUCAAAAGGUUUUGCGACCGACGUCUGAAUGUUAAGUGAAAUCAGUUCAUGUGUGGUGAGUUACUCCUGCCCUGUGGUUCGACGCCAAACCUGCUGUACCUGCGACAAGGAAGUAGACACUGCUGGGUUUGGAAUAGUCUUCAUUUUGGUCCCAGUAACGGGGCAAAAUGUCAAAGGAAGCCUUUGAGCUGUUUUAUGUUAUAGCAGAAACUGAACAACAAUUCUUCACUCUUAGACAAAGUGAAUGUUUUUAUGAUCCAGUGUAUUUAUAUGCAAUUUUAGUCAAAUACAGCCAAUUCUACAUUAGGUUGAAUUAAGCAAACUUGCCAGUUUGGGAAGUUCCAAGUUAUUUGUCCAUAGUUCUGUGAAAUAAACUCUGUCUUCACAGUAGAAAUGGUUCAGAUCAGUAUCAUGAUUGUGUCCCACUGAACUCACUCUCCAAUGUUGUUCCUGAUGCCUUCAGUUUUUCUUGACGACAUAUAUAUAGUCCAAAAUUAGGUUAAAUUCAGUGACUAAGAAUUGUAAAAUUGAAGGACUACCGUUUGACCUGCUCUGUGUGCAGCUCUCUUCUGCACCAUCCAGUCUCAACUUAGCAUUUAGGAAGACACAGCAGCCAGUACAGUCUCUAUUUCACUGUGAAUGUCAUUGUAAAGCGUGAAAUUUCUAGAUUCAUCAGUUCAACGGAAUAACGACUGUGGUUAUUUAUGUUUUCUUUAUGGCUUGUGUUGUCCCUUGACAGAAUGCUGCCACGGGCAGUGAGCCAUUUCCCAACUCAAACACCACCCUCUUUAAAUUCUAGGGCUCAGAAGGUGAACCCAGAGUUUUAUUUUCAAGCUUUAAUUUUGGCUUCAUCAGUUAAUAACUAAAGUAAUGACAUUUAAUACAUUGUUACAGGAGCUACUUGUGUUGUUCUUGAUGGCAUUAGAAGUAACAAGUAGAAAGGAAGUGGCUAGUUUAUCUCUAACGACUGUCACAGUUUAGUUAUUUUCAAAUGUCAACAUUAUGCUAUUGAUCCCUCCACAAAAAUUAUUUUGUCCAAUUAACACAAAAUACAUGAAGUAAAAUGAACCAUAGUACGCAGUUGCCCAAAGUACCAGAUGGGCAACAUGCGACAGCCAGCACGAUACACUCAGCCAGGCUGUUAGCCUAACCGACUGUUGGUGUUGUGUAUUCUGAUGGUGUGUGGAUAAAUGACCAACUGAGGAUCCCAGUCCUGCAGCCCAAUGACAAGAACCUUUAGCUACAGCAACUCUGAGCCCAGCCAGGACGGAGCGGAAAGGAGCAACUGUUACAGAUCGGGUUCAUCUGUGCCUUCCUCUAGUAGACCCAGACAGAGGAUCAAACCAGAGCUUGUCCUGACACUUCCUGUUCUUCUGUCAACUAUCCACCACAGCAAACAAGAUUUUUUAAUGUGGCGCCACUGGUCAUCACAUAAAUCUCUCGUGUGCUAUUCUUACCAUCAAACACCAUCCAGAUGUAAAAACAAUCCUCUUUUCCUGCCCUUUUUCAAAAUUGUUUUUGACUAUUUUUUUACAAAAUAAAGACACUUCUAAAUAUGUUUCAUGUUUUUUGUUGUGUAAAACUGUCCAAACACUUCACUGUAUUCAUCACAGUAAUACCAUAUAGAUGUUUUAUCCUUUACUAAUUUCAAAGUGAAGAACAUUUUCUACUGUGAAAGGCAGGAAGGGAGUGUUUUCCUACUCUAAGGAAAAUGUGAUGCUGUCCAUUGAAUAAACAGUAACUCAGA